UGGAUCUCAGCGGCUAUGUCUGAGUAUUACUACGUACGCACGGAUCCUCCAUAGAUGCACAGAGCGAUCGUCAGCCGCAGCAAUCCGAGCCCGUCUCUGUCUCACAUCUCCCAUAGAAUCAUAUGGGAUGCGAUGCACCUGCCACACCUCGGCUCUCGAAGUAGUCCCCUGCGUGCCGGUCUAGAACCAACUUCACGAGGCUGGCAAGUCGAUAUUCGUGAACAGUAGCCUGCCAGCGCAACUGCCAGUCGCAGGGAUAUUCAGUCAACCUAUCCUCUGAACAAUACACACGAACGUUGACUAGAAUCGUCUUCACGCGGGACCCAAACUCGUGAAGGUCAGCCCGGCAUCACAUCUGUCAGCCAGCCCUGCCGUUGGUUUCAGAACCCGCACCGCACCGCAACCUCUCCUCACCCCCGACCACCAUCUUCUCCGCACCUCCGUGGGUUAUCCUCAUCAUCUCGACUUCCUAUACGGGUUGGCAUGUCGCCCCUUUAUCCUCAUCCACGCAAACAUUGGUUAUCCUUAUCCACGCAAACGUUAGUUAUCCUCAUCCACGCAAACGUUGGGCCUCGUCCCUGCUACUACUCAUCCGUCUAUCGGCAAGGAG